CCUUUUCCAAGUGGGUACUGAGCUUUCAUCAACGUGGGUCCUGCGACAACAAAAAAUUUUGCGAGCAAGUUGUUGCUUAAUCAGGCACCAUGGACAUCAAUUUUAAAGGAAAGCGUGCUUUAGUAACUGGUGCUGGAAAAGGUAGAAUCUUCCCUCUUCUGUCACAACGGAAAAUUGCAUUUUCAUGGUUUGCAUGAAAGGGCGCGCGUCUAUAUAAUACACUGGCGUUCAUUAUUAUGAUUUUACGAACGUCACGUAAAUUGGCGCAAAAUGUCGCGUUAGAUCGGAACACGGUACUUCUGAAGGUAUCAGUUAGACCGAAAAAUACAGGAACGAUAUGACGAAAACGUGGUUGUUUAUCGGUAGGGAUAGGUCGCAGUACUGCCAAGAUGUUAGUUGAAUGUGGUGCUGAGGUCAUCGCUUUAUCACGAACUCAAGCUGACUUAGACAGCCUAAAAGAAGAGGUAAAGUAAUAACAAGGGAGUUCAAAAGUAGUUACGAGUGAGAUUACAUUACAAACACAUCACUGAUUUCAUUACAAGAACUGCCUUAAUGAGCUAGAUUCCUUGACUGAUAGUUUUUAUUACUAUUAUCAUCAUCAUCAUCAUUAUUAUUAUCAUUAUUACUAUCAUCAUCAUUAUUAUUAUUAUUAUUAUUAUUAUUAUUAUUAUUAACACAACUAUUUUUGUCACUAUCAUUAAUAAAAUGGGGAGGGGAGGAAAGGAGGUAGUGGAGACACUCCUCAUGUGAUUAUCAGACAUGUUUUUCUGACAAAAUUUCCAACUGUCCUUCCAAAUCAAUUUUAUGCCAGUCAGUAAACACAGUUCAGCUGGAUAGUCAGUUAUUUGAUAAAAUGAAUAUAGAUAUAUUGUAGUAAGGUCUUAAAAUACCAGUAACAACUUUUGAUGGAAUUGUUUUGGUUAUUUAUGCUCACUCAUGGUCAUUACUGGUCACUUGUGUCACUGGAAAGAAACUUUUUGGAAAUUUUGAAACACUCUGUGAUGCCCACCCAUUACCAGUAAGGUGUAAUUCAAUCUUUGCUUACUUGAGAAAGGUUGGAGUUACUCUGAAAGAGUUGGGAAUUAAAAAUUUUGAUUUAAGUCACUAUGCCUUUAUACAAGCUUCAUGCAUCCUCCUGACACUUGUUUCUUGGAAUAAUUGCUUGCAAACUUGCCAGAUACAGUUGGGAAGGUUAUCUCAGAUUACUUUUGACUGAAACAUGAAUUACAAUUAUACAACAACUUUUAAUAUUGAAUUUUCCUCUUUGAUUAGGCACCAACAAUUCAGACAGUUUGUAUUGAUCUGUCAGACAUUGAGGCUGCAGUGAAGAAAGUUAAUAACCUUGGUGAUAUAGAUCUUUUAGUAAACAAUGCAGGAAUUGCAUUAUUGGAUCCUUUUGAAGAAAUCAAGAUGGGAGAUUUUGACAAGUAUGUGUUCAAAUGUUUUAGGCCACAUGAGUAUUGCCAUUCAAAUCUGUAUGAAAAUUUUGAUGUUUUUUGGCUGACUGGAGAAAACAAAAUUAUUUGUUAUGCAUUGAUUUCUUCUUUCCCCCUCUUUCAGCAUAUGGUAACUAUAAAUAGCCAUUAUCCAUGGUGACUACCUUGUAUGGCCAUUAAGUUAAACACAGGUUAUUUGAUACUUCCUAAGAAAUAAAUAAGCCUUUUGAGUUUUUCUCAUUUUGCAAUCUUUUUUUUUAUGAUAGGAUAUUUUCAGUGAAUGUGAAGGCACCUCUGUUUAUUGCACAGGUAUAGUAGCCAUUUUUGUAGUAUUAAGGCUGCUACAUGUGUAUUCAUUAAACUUUGUUAAAGGUUUGAAACAGUUUAUAUUUCAUUUAUUAGGCUGUUUCAAAAAGGAUGAUUGCCAAAGGGAGUGGAGGAGCAAUAGUUAAUGUUUCCAGUCAGGCUUCAAUGAUAGCUUUAAAAGAUCACACUCUGUACUGUAAGUUUGCCUACCAAUCACUGAUGUAAAAUGACUGCAUUAAAAAAUACAAUUUGCAGAAUUAUACAAUAAAGAGUAAGUUUAAAUUUAGGAAGACAUGACAGCCUACAACAGAGGAGAAUAUUCUCUUGUCACUCUACACUAUCAUUUUGCUACCGCAAUUCUUAAUAUAAACUUUUACUGGUGUUGCAUUUGUUGUAGGUUCUACAAAGGCAGCUAUGGAUAUGUUUACAAAAACAAUGGCAUUAGAACUGGGCCCUUACAAGGUGAGUGAUGGUCAAGGAUGGUUGGUAUUAAGGAAAAGAAACAUGACAUGAACUUACCAGUACUUGGUUUGAAACAAGCCUUUGUCUACAGUUAGUUUAAUUUUCGUAACAGUGAACCAUGUUUUAGACACUUCACUGCCAAAUAAGAAAACACUGUUUAUUUAACCCAGAUUAGAGUAAAUGCUGUGAACCCUACUGUUGUGAUGACUGAUAUGGGAAGGAUCGGUUGGUCUGAUCCUGCAAAGGCAAAGCCAAUGCUAGAUACAAUACCACUUGGAAGGUUUGCAGGUAAGAUACAUUAACAGUGUUUAACCCCAAAUUAUGGCAUUUUUCCUAUAUGUAUUGCAGCUUCUGAAACAAUCUCUUAAAAAUUAAAAAAAAGUAGGUACCCAGUACAUGUAUUCUUCCUCAGAUUGCAAAAUUACUAAUCAAACCUUACAAUAAAUUCUGUUGCAGAAGUAGAGGAUGUUGUUCAUGCCAUUCUUUAUCUCUUAAGUGAUAAAGCUGGUAUGGUUAAUGGAACUAUGUUGCCUAUUGAUGGAGGGCGUCUUGUUCAAUAGACAGGCUACACUGUACAUUAGACUCUAAGACUGUUGAUAGGAAACUUAAUCAGGCUCUCUGUAACAUAUAUUGUACAAAUGGAAUGCACAUCCUAUAUGUUUGUGGUUAGUUUUAUUUUCACUCAAAUGUUAUGAAAGAAUGAAAAAAUGUCUUAUUUACAAAUUUAUGGUGAAUAACAAAUGUUUAUAUUUAGUAGUGG